AUGAUGAGCAAGUACUCUCAAUUCUGGCCCAAGGGUGGUAUGCAGGGUAUUCUACACCACUUUACAGAAACUCUGACUGCAUUCGAAUACACAGCCAAUGCAGCCCGCAAGCCUGACAGCAUUCUUUUCGUCGGAGGUCUCGGUGAUGGUCUAGGAACAACAUCAUAUACGGCCGACCUGGUGCAUGCAUUAUCGCAAACAGAGUGGUCGCUCUUUUCCCUCACCCUCACAUCUUCAUAUCAAUCAUGGGGACUCGGACACCUCGAUAGAGACACGGACGAGCUGGCGCAAGCGAUACGAUACAUCAAAGACUACAAGACAUCCAAGUUCGGCGACAAUGGCAAAAUUGUGUUGAUGGGACACUCGACUGGCAGUCAGAUGGUACUACACUACCUGUCAAGAUCCAACCCUCAUACCACAAAUCCUCCUUUCGAUUCAGAUCUCAAGCAUCUCCAACGACUGGCACUUGAUGGUGCCAUCAUGCAAGCACCUAUCAGUGACAGAGAAUGCAUCAAGCUGGUCUGUCAACAUGGCUUCCGUGGCAAUACUCCGGAUCAAUGUCAGGCAUACUAUGAGCAACUAGUGAAGAUGGCACAAGAGUCCGCCAGCAAAGAAGACCAAACUUUCGACGCACUGCUGCCAAUCCACUUGACAUACCAGAUCGGCUAUCCUGCCAACACACCACUCUCCGCACGCCGCUUCCUGAGUCUCGUGAGCCCAGAAAGCCCGCACAAUCCCUCCGAGGACGACGUCUUCAGUUCAGACCUCAGCGACGAGCAAUUGGCAAAGUCAUUCGGUAUGAUCCAAAAGCGAGGAUUGUUGAAGAACAAGAUGGCUGCUUUCUACUCUGGCGCCGAUCAAGCUGUGCCCGAGUGGGUGGACAAAGCAGGUCUGAUGAAGAGAUGGGCCAAGGCAGCUAAUGCUGGUGGUGGCAAGGAGAUCUGGGAUGCUGAACACAGUGCUGUUGUGCCUAAUGCAUCGCAUGCUUUGAGUAAUGAUGAUCAAGGCCCGGCAAGGAAGUUUUUGGUCGAGAAGGUGUUGGGGUAUCUGAAUAAGUACACAGGUGCAUAG